AUGGAUCGACGUUCCUCGAUCGAUACGGUUAGCACCGAAACCACCUUUGAGUACUUUGAUGAAUCCCGUCGAAGCUCAAUGAUCUCCGUAUCCGGUGAUGUUGAUUAUUAUGAUUACGAACACGAACCAAUUGCUCUCUUUGAUGAUGUAAACCCAUUGGUGGACGAGUCCAAACUUUCAUAUCCUGUUGUUACUUCUUCUGAUGAAUUUAAUAAUGUCUGCGUUGAUAACGCUUUUAACUUUAUGAUGGAGGGUGUUGUUACACCUGAAAACGAUUCCGAGGUUAACCCAUACAAUUUCUUCGAUUUUGGGUAUCAAACGCAUACCGAACCCUUAGAUUUUAUGCAGUUCAAUAAUUUUGAUUUGAACUCUUAUAUGCCUUCGCCAGAAGACCAGAUGAUUUGCGAACGACCUAUUGGUGUUUAA